AUGUUGGCGGAUGUGCCGGCCGGGGUCGAGGGGUCCGGAGCCCGGCUCCUGGCGGCCCCGGCUGCAGCCAUCCUCCCCGGCCUCCGGCCGGUGCAUGCGCUCCUGCCGCCAUCGGCGGCCGAGGUGGGCACGCCGCAGCGAGCUCGGCUGAACGGCGGCCCCGGCGGCGGCGGCUUCGGGACGUGGACUUGGGUGUCCGGUCGCAGGGCGCUGCUCGACCGGAAGACCUUCGGCUGCCCCAUGACCGGCACCAUCCGUGAGAGGCCCUCGUCCCAGGGAGUGGAGCUGCCGUCUGGCGUCCCGGCCCGCCCGGGCGCGCUGCCGAUGCGGGCGCGCACUUCCAUCGGCGUGUCGUGCCUGUACGCGGUGCAAGGACCAGGCCUUGGUCGGGCCCGAGGGGACUCCUUGCGCGUUGGCCUGUUGCUGGUGCUGUUGAUUCUGAAGGCGCUUCUCGCUGUGCGCCGGCGCAAGAGGCAGGCCAUGGAGAGAGAGUACCUGUCGACGACGGUGCUGAGCACCAUCAUCAAGCUGGCCCUGCCCGGGGCCAUCCUGGUGGACGUGGCGGGGGACUUCCGACCGCUGGACGAGCAGCUCGGCGCCGGGACCGAAGCGAGCGUCGACGUCGCGCAGUCGGCCGGGCCCGGGAUCGCGGCCCGGUUGGGCUGCCCGGAGGUGGUGGCCAUCAAGAAGCUGCGGGCCGACAAAUAUCCAGCCGGGGUGCCACGUCCUCUUCCGGAACACGGUGGUCCCGAUAUAACUACCUUCGUGGGGCUGAAUGCCAUGUCGGUGCCGUGUGCCGCGCCGGAGGUCCUUCCCAGCGGAGUGCCCCCCUGGACCGGGGGGCACCUCUUCCCGGCCGAGGUGUACAGCGCCUCGGUCAUCCUCUUCAAGUGUCUGACGCGCAUGGUCCCCUGGCCGGGGAAGAGCAUCGCCGAGAUCAUGGCCGCGGUGUUUGACGGUUCCCGGCCGGUCGCCAACCCUCUGGCGGGCGACGUCACGAACCUGGCGCAGGCCGGCUGGCAAAAAGGCCCCGGUCGGCGGCCCCCGGCUGGCGAAUGGCGCUAUUUCCGGUAA